AAAAUAACUCAUUCAUGUUUAUCUACAAAUAAAUGCAAAACUUAGAGGUUUAAUUAUAAUUGUCUGAGACAGGAACCCAAAUCUCUCCCUAGUAGUUUGAAGACGAGAUGCUACAAGAAUACUUAGAGAUUGAAGUGUAAAAGUAGGGCUUUUCUAUGUUAUUCGAAGAGUUGCUUGUUUGCUCCAAUAUUCCUUAGGAAGAACCAUAACGUCAUAAGAAGUAAUUUAGUAAUCUAAUUUAAGUUUAAGUAGGAAUACAAAGAUCAACUAAUUCAGACGAAGAUCUCACAAGGUUGUGAAGAAGUAACAAGAAAGGAAAAGAAAUUAAAAAUCAGCAUAGACUCUUCUGUAAUAAAAGUAGCAAAGAGUCUUUAAUGAAUUUAAAUUAAAGGAAUUUUAAGCUUAGUGUAUUACAGAAGAGACUUAAGGGGAAUAAGGGGAAUGGCAAGGAGAUCAUUAAUGUCAAGUUUAGGAGCAUGAUGUCAUUCCCCUUAGUUUACUCAGAGAAGAUGAGAGUAAUUUGUUUGAAUAUCUUAUAUUUUAGAUUUAUUGCUCCUGAACUUGUGUAAUGAUAAUGUCAAUAUCAAUGACAAUUGUAUUGAAUUAAAUAAUUAUCAAAUCAACAACAAAAAAAUUGAGAUGAAUGCAUAUAUGAUACCAAAAGCACUUGCACCAAAAAUACCAAAACUUUGAGUUGACCCCUUGUUUCUGAGAUGCUCAGAAAAAGGGGUUGAAAUAAAGUGCGAUCACUUUUGAAGUGACAAUGCUUUCAUCAACA